AUGGCCGUGCCCUCUGGUGGUGAAUUUGAGAGUACUCCUUCUCGCAGGCGCAGUGCUCGACAACGAGCACAAUUAUGGAUGACCAAAGGUGGUCUAGUGCGCGAUGAUUCCGACGACGAGCUGGGGGAUGAGGAUCUCCCAUGGCAUUGGAUCUAUGACGCUGAAGAAGAAGACACCAAAAGCAAAGACACGACACCGGCCACCGAUGAGCCUGAGACAAAGUCGGCUCGCAGACGCGCAGCUCGCCCUAAUGCGAAGCGCCGACGGAAUAUUAUAGGGGCGCGGAUGGGUUCCUUCGAGUGUCGGUUGGGUCAAGUCGUGCUACUGAAAUCUCCGGAACCGGGAAAAGAUUGGGUCGGCAUUAUCACUGAUUUUCUAGAGGAAGAAGAUGACGAGGCAGAGGAUGGGGUGGUCAAGUCGGUUAACAUCAUGUGGUUGGCGUCCCCGGAUGAGUUCAUGUCAACCAAAAACAGGCGCAGGGCGGACGCUUUGCCGAACGAACAAUACCUGACAGCAGACUUUAAUGUCAACCCGAUCACGUCGAUCAAUGGUAAAGCUACCGUGAUGUCCAAGGACGCUUUCUUUGCCAAAUAUCCGGACGGCACGCCGCCAAAGGGCAAGGAGGAAUUGGCCGAGUUCAACAAAUGCAUUAUCUGCCGGAGAGGCGUAAACCAGCUUCAAGGCAGAUAUACCGACGAAUUCAUUUGGGAGGACGUGUACCGGGAGGAUAAGGUCCAUGACCUCAUUACCAUGGUCAAGGACGGGUUGAAAGCGGCCAAAAAGCGCAAGCAUGUCGACGACGAUGUGAGUCCCCCUAGCCCCCCUGCUCGCGUGAGAAAUGGUUGCUCACGGAAAUGCUCUCAGUACAUUGAUACGAAAGAGGACGAGGAUUUUGCUCCCUCUACACCUCGAAAGAAGCAGAAAGUAGCCUCGAGUACUACUCCACAAUCGCGACGCAAGAAAGCCCUGACCACCCCGUCGCACAAGAGGUACGAAGUCAUAUCUGACGAUUCUGGAACAGAGAAUUGA